CUCAGCGCUAAAAGUCAAAAAAAAAGUCUCACAUCUGAGGUGCCAGCGUUUCAGGCCAUCACUGUGUCGGCUGACACGGCCUCGCACACUGACUGGUGCUCGUGCCGCGCCUCACGUCGACGUCUGCCCACCGCUGGGUGAGCAAAAAGCGUCCAGGGGAGCAAUCAGGUAUUACCUUACGUGGAGCUCGCGUGCGCCGCCUUGCAAUAACAACACAUAGCCCUCCAUCGUAAUGUGGACGACGCGCCUGUAUGUGGUGGCUGCGUGUGCUGUUGCAUGCUGCUCCGCCCAGGACGGCAUCCAUUCCAUGCUCAACCAGCUCGCACAGAAUUCAGGAUCAGAUGUUCAGUCCCUCUCCUCGUGCAUGAUCUCCACCCGGGACCUCAUCUCCACCGCCCAGAGCACCGCCACCAGGGUCCUGCAGGGCGUGUGCAACCCUCGCGAGCUCAACAACCGGUUCGUGACUCUGGAGAGGCAGGUAGCGAGCCAGUUCAACGUGCUCAAGACAAUGGUGUUGAAUAUUGAGAACCAGCUGAGGGGGCAAGACCAGAUGAUCAGGAAGAACCACGGCAAGCUGCGAAAAGAACUGAGAGCUCUUGGCGGGUCUGGCGAUUCCUCAAGCAGGCCAGCCACGGCAGAGUCGAGAGCCAGCUACCGCCCGGAAGAGAACAUAGCAGACACUGAGUAUGGAGAUGAUUACGAGGGGCAGGAAGGCGAGGCUGAGAGUCCACGCGACCCAGAGAUCUAUCGUUUCAACUCCACCAUGCACCAAGAGAACGGGGAGCAAGUGUUCACGUACUACUGGAUGAUCAGGGACAUCACGUAUAAGAUGGAGAACUGGGGCAGAAAUCGCUCCCUCCGUUCCAGCAGCUUCUAUAUCUUCCAAGGCGGCUACCGAAUGUACCUGAGGAUCUUCCCUAACCAGCAAGGAGAAAACUUCUACGUCCGCGUGGGUGUGACACAAGGUGAAUAUGACAACAGCCUGGAUUGGCCGUUCAGACUGAAGCAUCAGGUGAGGAUUCUGGAUCAUAGCAGCCCCCCUGAGGACUUGGUGAGCCGCCUGUGGGACCCGAGGCAGCUUUGUUCCGAGUGGCACUGGCGCCUACCAGACUCAGGCGACAACUACGAGUGUGUUGGUCUCGGCUUCACCAAGGAGACGCUGCUUUCCAGGAACUACAUAAUCAACGAUGCUGUGGUGAUCAAGCUGACUGUGCUGCUCAGCCUCUAAGGGACAUGAGCACAGCGGUUUUCAGAAGGGAGACAAAGAGAAAAGAAGAGAUAACAUUAAUAUAAUAAGCUUUUUAUCCGAGUUUUAGACUAGUUUAGGUUAGAUUAGGUUCAGAAUAAUGUAUUUCUUUAAUAUAGUUAGUUCCUUUAUUGCGUAAAUAACGAUUUCAAAGAGGUAUCAUAUUUUACUCAAAUAGUAAGUGUUGAAAUUAGUAAGCUAAGGUUACUUUCAUAAGGAAGGCGACGAGGAAGGAGGUCUGAAUAUUUGAGAGAUUUACUUGCCUGGUGGGGUGAAAGACGAGCGGAGAAACACAAACAUGAGAGGGAAGAAAUGGCGUAGUGUGGAAUGUGAUGCUUCAUAAAGCCAAGAUAAGGAGAUUAAGUACAGGAAAGAGAGAG